AUUAUGAACAGAUGAUGCUGUGACUCGCUCCAUAAGUCCAUAAGAAAGGCAAAAUGUUGACAGACAUGGACCCAGCCGAGCUUCGGUGCACCGUGGCCGUGGAGCGUUUGAAUCCAGCCGGCCAAGCCAUCAAACGCCAGCACAUCCGCAAAGCCACCGUCACAUUAGGCCGCAACGAGUUUCAGGAGAUCAUCCUGCGCGUCCACGAUGGGAAAGCUCCUCAAAGCUUCAUGCUGCGUGAUUUCCAGCUUUUUACUCGCUUCGCAAAGGAUGGAAAGUGUACAGUUAAAUUCGUACCACAGAACACGCAGGUUCUUAUCUCUGACUGUCCGCCGGAUCGGUUAAAAAUGUUUCUGAAGACGCUCAACAUCAAACACCAGGCGUCCCAGAGCAUCAAACCCAUGAGUGAUGGAGCCAAACUACGAGCUGGCCUUCCUCGAAGCUUUGAGACCAUUAGUCCUCUCCAGCUGAAAGAUGUGCAUAAGGCAAACGAGCUGAGAAGUAAAGUGAACGCCUCAAUCCAACACAAAGGUCCCUCUGAGUGUUCUGUCAAUAAGACCUUGUGUGAAAGAAAACAAAUAAAAAGACCCAGACCUGAUUGUGACACUAGUCCGGUUAAAGCACUUCACCCCAAUAAAAAGCCAAUCUUGGUUCUGCCAUUGACACAAAAGCUGAGCAAAGAACAGACUGCAGUUCUCAAUGCAGUCUUGAGUGGCAAGAAUGUGUUUUUCACAGGCAGUGCAGGUACGGGGAAGUCCUUUUUGCUCAAGAGGAUUGUAGGCUCUCUGCCUCCCAAAAGCACAUAUGCAACCGCAAGUACUGGUGUAGCAGCAUGUCACAUAGGAGGGACCACGCUGCACAAUUUUGCAGGUAUUGGGUCUGGCUCUGCUCCUCUUGAACAGUGUCUUGAGCUUGCUCAACGUCCCGGGGUGCUGCAUCACUGGACUUCCUGCAAACACCUCAUUAUUGAUGAGAUCUCAAUGGUGGAGGCCGAGUUCUUUGACAAACUGGAAGCCAUAGCCAGAUCCAUCAGAAGAUCCAAUGAACCGUUUGGAGGGAUUCAGCUGAUAGUUUGUGGGGACUUUCUUCAACUUCCACCAGUCACAAAAGGAAAAGAUAAGCCUAACUUUUGCUUCCAGUCAAGAAGCUGGCGGAAGUGUAUCCAUAUGAACAUGGAGCUGAUGGAGGUGCGCAGACAAACAGACAAGGCCUUCAUCGCUCUGCUUCAGGCCGUGAGAGUGGGCAGAGUCACAGAGGAAGUAACUGCACAGCUACUGAAAAGUGCCAAUCACCGCAUUGAGAGGGAUGGUAUCCUAGCAACCAGGCUGUGCACACACAAGGAUGACGUGGAGCUCACAAAUGAGAAUAAACUGAAACAGUUACCUGGGCCUGUUCGAGUGUUUGAAGCUUCAGAUAGUGAUCCUAUGCUGGUUCAGACCAUUGAUUCACAAAGUCCAGUUAUUCGACUUUUGCAGCUGAAAGUUGGUGCUCAGGUCAUGCUCACUAAAAACCUGGAUGUCCAAAGGGGUCUAGUGAAUGGGGCAAGAGGAGUAGUGAUUGACUUCCAGCCAGGCAGUCAAGGUCUCCCUCGUGUGCGAUUCCUCUGCGGGGCUGUUGAGGUAAUGAAGAGAGAGCGCUGGAUGUUUAAAGCAUCAGGGGGGCUAUACCUGAGCCGACAGCAGCUGCCACUCAAACUGGCCUGGGCCAUUUCAAUCCACAAGAGUCAGGGCAUGACUCUGGAUUGCGUGGAGAUCUCUCUGGCACGUGUGUUUGAGAGCGGCCAGGCUUAUGUUGCUCUGUCCCGGGCUCGGAGUCUGGAAGGCCUGCGUGUGAUGGACUUUGAUCCACGAGUGGUGCAGGCCAACCAGAACGUGCUGCUCUUCUAUAAGAAACUGAGGAAGGAGAGGCUCCUCAUGCAGUCCUCAAUGGAAGACUUUGUAAGACAAAGCAAUAAGGAGAAUGACUGUUGGUGAUGAGGAGACUUGAGGCUACAGUUUUCAUAUGCACUGUGUGCAUGGAUAUUUUAAGAAGAUUUGAAAUUGUGUUUUUUUUUAUUAUUAUUUUUUAGUUUUCUUAUGUGGUAAAUUAUGAUAUCAUGUUUCCAUGCUUUUCUUUCAGUUGAGCAAAUUAAUAUUUAUUUUUACAAUGACUGCUUGAA